AGCUGUGCAGCCGCUCCUAGCCCGGGGGAUCCUGGGAUUCUGCCUUUCCGGAAGGUCGGGCUGGCUCUCGGUGCUAGGCCGCCGUUCUAGGCCCAAGUCGGGAUUCCAGGCCCUGCUCCAAGCCAAGUCCGUAGCCGCGACGACACAGCGGGGAUCGCAGAGGACGCGGCCGCAGCUCGUUGGGGUGGCUGAGCCUUGGAGGGCGGCAGCCGGGGUGCGCAGGCCGUGACGGCCCCUCCCCCGCCCUGAGCGCAGCGGCGAAGGACGACAGCCCGGGACCGGAGGAGGUGAAGCGGUCACGUAACUGCCCCGGGUGAUGACUCACCCGCUCUCCUGGCAGAUUUGAGGUGCGUGCUGCUGUUGCUGCAGGGCGGACGUCGGUGUGCCCAGAGCGGUGCUGCGGCGACCGCUUGCUUGCCCUUGGUUCGGCGGCCCCGGGGUUUCCCGAGAGCGUUCUCUUUGUAACGUCUGCGGCCUGCAGCUCGCAGCGAGCUCCGGCUUCUCCCAUGAAGGUGUCUCUGGGUAACGGCGACAUGGGCGUCUCUGCCCACCUGCAGCCUUGCAAGUCUGGAACUACGCGGUUUUUUACCAGCAACACGCACAGUUCGGUUGUAUUGCAAGGCUUUGAUCAGCUCAGAAUAGAGGGCCUACUUUGUGACGUGACGCUGGUACCUGGCGAUGGAGAGGAAAUCUUCCCGGUUCAUAGAGCCAUGAUGGCGUCUGCCAGUGAUUAUUUCAAGGCCAUGUUCACUGGAGGAAUGAAAGAGAAAGAUUUGAUGUGCAUCAAGCUUCAUGGGGUGAACAAAGUUGGUCUGAAGAAAAUCAUUGAUUUUAUUUAUACUGCAAAACUGUCUCUUAAUAUGGACAAUCUUCAGGACACUCUUGAAGCUGCCAGCUUUCUACAGAUCUUGCCGGUUUUGGAUUUUUGUAAAGUAUUUCUUAUAUCAGGCGUCUCUUUGGAUAACUGUGUGGAGGUUGGCCGGAUUGCUAACACCUACAAUCUUAUAGAAGUGGAUAAAUACGUAAAUAAUUUCAUCCUGAAGAACUUUCCUGCCUUGUUGAAUACUGGGGAGUUUCUGAAACUCCCCUUUGAACGGCUUGCCUUUGUGCUUUCCAGCAAUAGUCUCAAGCACUGUUCGGAACUUGAGCUCUUCAAGGCAGCCUGCCGCUGGCUGAGGCUGGAAGACCCUCGGAUGGACUAUGCCGCAAAAUUAAUGAAGAAUAUUCGCUUUCCACUGAUGACACCACAGGAUCUCAUCAACUAUGUGCAGACAGUAGAUUUCAUGAGAACAGACAAUACCUGUGUGAAUUUACUUUUGGAAGCAAGCAAUUACCAAAUGAUGCCGUAUAUGCAGCCGGUGAUGCAGUCGGACAGAACUGCCAUUCGAUCUGAUUCUACUCAUUUGGUUACCUUAGGAGGAGUUUUGAGACAACAGCUAGUUGUCAGUAAAGAGUUACGAAUGUACGACGAAAGGGCGCAGGAGUGGAAGUCGUUAGCGCCCAUGGAUGCUCCUCGAUACCAGCAUGGCAUUGCUGUUAUUGGAAAUUUCCUUUAUGUAGUUGGUGGCCAGAGUAAUUAUGAUACAAAAGGAAAAACGGCUGUUGAUACAGUUUUCAGAUUUGAUCCUCGUUAUAAUAAGUGGAUGCAGGUGGCAUCAUUAAACGAAAAGCGCACAUUCUUUCACCUGAGUGCCCUCAAAGGACAUUUAUAUGCAGUUGGUGGGCGCAGUGCAGCUGGUGAACUGGCCACAGUAGAAUGUUACAACCCAAGAAUGAAUGAAUGGAGCUACGUUGCAAAGAUGAGUGAACCCCACUAUGGCCAUGCUGGAACAGUAUAUGGGGGUUUAAUGUAUAUUUCCGGAGGAAUCACUCAUGACACUUUCCAAAAUGAGCUCAUGUGUUUUGACCCAGAUACAGACAAAUGGACACAGAAGGCUCCUAUGACUACAGUCCGAGGUCUGCAUUGCAUGUGUACAGUUGGAGACAAGCUGUAUGUCAUCGGUGGCAACCACUUCAGAGGAACAAGUGAUUAUGAUGAUGUCCUAAGCUGCGAAUACUAUUCGCCAACUCUUGACCAGUGGACACCAAUUGCUGCUAUGCUGAGAGGUCAGAGUGAUGUUGGAGUUGCAGUCUUUGAAAACAAAAUCUAUGUUGUUGGUGGAUAUUCUUGGAAUAACCGGUGCAUGGUAGAAAUUGUCCAGAAAUAUGACCCAGAAAAAGACGAGUGGCAUAAAGUUUUUGAUCUUCCUGAGUCGCUGGGUGGCAUUCGGGCUUGCACUCUCACAGUUUUUCCACCUGAAGAAAACCCUGGGUCACCUUCUAGAGAAUCACCUCUUUCAGCACCUUCAGAUCAUUCUUAGAUCCAAGGUGUAAUACCUUUUCAGUGUAUCAUGGGUGGUCUUGUUCAUCCCCUUGUAUUGUUUCUCCUUAUUGCUACAGUUAAUAGACAAAAAGGUAACUUAGACCCUUUUUUUUUUUUGGUUUGGCUUGAUAUUGUUUAGUAAAUGGCUAUACAAGUGCAUUUUGAAAAGUAUUAAAUAUAUUCAGCUGUUUUAACAAGUAAAAAAGAUACAUAGAAAAUUAGAUUUUUUUUUGUGGUGUUACAUGUGUCAAAUUAUAGAUGAUCUUAGUAAAUGUGUAAUUAUGUCUGUUAUACUAAAAAUUAAAACAUUUGAUUUGACUGAAACAUUAAAUGGAGGUCCCCUGUUCUAACCUAAUAUAAAGAUUGCCAAGGUACAGCUACCUCCCUCUUGGAUAGUUUUGGACAAUCUGUUGUCUAGGCUGUGUGAUUAGUCUUAGAAUAUUUGAAGUUUCCUAGGUAGACAGAAAUAGUAACAAUAUUAACUAGAAGAAACAGGUCAGGAUUUGUUCUCUCACUGGAGAAAAAAUAAUAGGUGUGUACACUAGUCAGAUAUUCAUGCUCACUCAAAAAUUUGUGUACACACAUAAACUUUUAGACUUGAUAGAAACUUCAACUGUUGUGAAAAUGACCUUAUAUUUUCUUCCAGAAAGCAGCUAAUUUUAUUUCAAUGAGAAUUCAAUACCAGAGAGUCCGUGUCUAAAGUCUUAAACCGAAUUUAGAUAGCUAAGGGCUACAACAAACUAAAUUGACAGCCAAAUUUGUCAUUUAAUAGAAUUUUUUCUUUAAAUGAAAUUUAAUUAGUUUUUCUGUAGUCUGUAGUUACAUGCUUAUUUAGCAGAAAGCAAGUUUCAAAGAACUGUUUUUGUCUUUGUUGUUUUUUUUAUCAUUAACUUUUACCUGUGAAAAUCGGGAGUUAAGGAAGGCAUAGAAGCAUUCUCAACAAAGCUCCAGGAUUUUAAGUUUAGUCUCCUGCCUCAGUCACUCUGACAUGCCUAUUAUGUGAUUUUGAAUGAUUUUUUUUUUCUUUUUUUUUUUUUUUUUGGUGCUGAGGUAGCUGGUAAGCAUCCUGUAAUGUGUGAGCUGCCUCAAGGCUGUGAUCUGAGCAAACAGAUACACCCUGUUCUGCAUCAAAUCAGAAUUACGCCUUUUUAGCCUUGACUCAAAAAUAGAACCAGCUCAGAUCCCCUAAGAAGUCAGCUGGUUUCUUUAAGGCAGUGCUAAAGUAGACCUUCAGUCUUCAAUACUGUGGGAAUACUUUCUGCCUGAGAAUUACAUGGGAAAAUCUUAAAGGGAACUUAUCAGAUAAAUGGAAUUAUAGUGUCCCUUGGUAAUGAGUGAUACUGAAUAUGUACUUUCCUGGGAAAAUUGUUCAACUGAAGGAAAAAAAUACACACACACACCUAGUCCUGGGAGAGUGCCAGAGUGCUGUUGACAGUCCCUUAAUGUAAUUCAGACAAAGUGAAAGGAUUCGGCUUCUGGCUUCUGAACUUUAACUUAACUGCCCAUAAGUGUUGACUCAUUUUAAUGCUUUUCAUGAUUUCUGCAUUGACAGAAUUUUCAUACUUUGUGUGUGUGGUUUUUUUUAAAAUGACUUUUUUUGUUAACUUCAGACAUAUUUGAUUACUUUUAGAAGGUAGAAAUUGCUACUAACUUUGUGUAUUGAAUAAGUAAGAAAUUGCAUCCUGAUUUUUUCCUUUUAUUAAUAGCAAGAUUGAAUACUUGUGUAUUUUGAAUAGCUACAUUUUCCCUUUGGUCAAAUGUCAGUGUCCUUUUCCUUGUGAUAUCUUUUGGAGUUGCUUUGUUUUUCAUAUCAAGUUAGAGGAUCUCUUUAUAUAAUAAAAUUACUUAACUGAUA